AUGCCGCCCACUCUUCGCCUCUCCGUGCCCGUUGCGCACAGCAACUACGAGCUCGGCCGCGACGACUACGGGACCCCGAGCAGCAGCGAGCCCGACCUGGACUACAGCAGCAGCUCCUCGGCGAGCGGCCUCGACGACGACAUCAGCAGCAGCGGCUCCGACAACAACGACCAGCAGUCGGACCAGGUGCGCUCCCCCACGCGCCUCGUCUACAACCUGGACGCGCUCCCGGAAAAGACUAAGACAACGGUCCGCGAGGCCUUUCACGAGCCCCCGGCCAUGGUCGUGCAGCACUGCCGCCAGGUGGACGACACCUUUGCCUUUCAAAUGUCCGAGGUCGUGACACGCUCUGUGCGCAUCCGCGCGCCCUCGUCCGGCCCUGCGCGCCUGAGCUGUUCCUGCUCGCAGAACAACAAGACGGACAGCAACAGCAAGGAGCCGUGCCACCACAUCUUGUGGCUCCUCGACCAGCUCGUCAAGCAGACGCUGUACGACACGGACCACGAGCAGCCGCUGACCAUGACGGCCGCCGGCUACCCCGAGGAAAUGGGCGAUCCGUUUCGCGCCAUUGCCGACCACCACCUCAACAUUGUCGCCGACGGCCUGCACUGCCGCCACGUGGACGAGGGCUGCUACGACCCCAGACAGGACAACACGCACCGGAUGAGAGAAUCGCGCGAGCUGCUGUCUUCUAUCCACGGAACGUCCCCCGAUACCUUUCGACCGGAUCUCUUUGACGAGCCGCUUCCCAGUCCGCCCCUGGCCAAGCCCCAGGACCUCGACCACACCAUACUGCGCAUGCUCGUCGACGAGGACAAUCUCUUCCACUACUUUCUCACGGAAGAGUCGCGCGGCAGCACCGUGCUACAGCAGUUCCGCCUCCUGACGCACCGCAUAAACGCCGUCUUCCAAGACUUUGACCAGCACAACGCCGUGACGGGCGAGCCCAAGAAGACGGGAUCAAGGCACACAGUUGCCUGGGCGGCCCGCCACAUCCAAGGCGUCGUCAACCUCGUGCGGUACGCCAUCUGGAGCGGCACGCGACCGCUCACGGCGGCCGAAAAGACGGCGGCGGCGCGGACGCUCAUCCACGUCCUCGACUGCGUCCUGAAGCGUCGCCGCGCCGACGACGCCGGCCACCUCUUCUUCCAGCGCUUCCUCGGCGGCGCGGACACCGGCUUCGUCCUGGAUGAGCUGGAAAUGAUCCCCGAAGGCGCCCGGCUGUACCUGCGCAGCCUCGAGGCCAUGGUGCACAGACUGGCCGAGCAAGAGGAGGUGAUGCCGGCCUACCUGCUCCGAUUCCGCAAGUUUGUUGCCCAGCUCAAGGCGAGCGGGCCGCCGCCGAGUCUGAAGCGGGAAAGCCCGAGUGAUGACGACGAGGAGGAACAGGGCACAUGUCAAAGCUUGUCGUCAUACGCGUCCAAGAAGGCCUCGACCGCCGCCAGACUCGGGCGGUCCGGGAAGGCCUCGUUUGCGCGCCCCGCCUCUCGACACUCAAUAUGGUUCCGCACCCAGCGCUCCGACUCGGCGAUGCGGCGCCUCCAAAACGCGGCGGCGGCCGCGCGCACAUUCUCCGGCGUCGACCCGCCCGUCGUCUCCAGCUCGCGCAGCACCAGCGUGCUGCCGGAGCGGACGACGACGCUGCUGAGCGUGGGCACGCGGCCGGCGGUGCACCAGUCGACCAGCCGGCGCAGGGCGGGCGGCGUGCGGGCGUAG